UGAUCGAGUAAGUGCGAGAUUUCGUUGCAGUCCUCAUCCUGGGUGGUUACCGUUCAGAGUCUCUCGUUUAAACUCUUCUAUCGAAGCUUUAUUUCCUCGACCGACAUCCUUUUAAACCCUUCAAGUAACCAUGUCUUAUCAAGGAAAAUACCAACGCACUUCUGCUGAGAACUAUGAAGAGCUCCUGAAGGCUCUGAAUGUGAACUACCUACUCCGAAAGGCUGCCACCGUGUCCAGCCCGGUUCUUGAGGUGACCGGAGAGGGUGAGGAGUGGUCCUUCAAGACCUCUACUGCCAUCAAAUCUAUGGAGUUGAAAUUCAAGUUGGGCGAGGAGUUUGACGAGACCACUCCUGAUGGUCGCGAAGUCCGUGCCCUUGUGACCAAGGAUGGUGACAAAUUCAUUUCUGUGCAAACUGCCAAGAAGGAGGGCGAAAAGAGCACCAAGACGGUCAGAGAAUUCAAGGGUGACGAAGUCAUCCAGACUAUCGAGAUUGUCGGAGGCGACCUUGUAUGCACCCAAGUCUUCAAACGCGUUUAACUUCCGAUGACUCUUUUUUUCGUAUGGAUUUAAUUUUAAAAUGGAGGAAUAAAUCUUUUGAAACCUAACAA